AUGCCCCGGCGUUUUCAAACAGGUCCACGAAGUUUCUCAAUUGCUUUAAGAUCGGUGUGAUUCAGCACGUGUAGUAGAAACGAGGACAUUCAUCUGAAGUUAGUCCAGCAGCAUCUCCGGCUAAAUGGGCCACUCAGGGGCGCCUUCACCCGCCGGCCCGUUAGUCUAGAAUCGUGGUGGUGCAGCCAAGGCCCAUCACUGCUCGCCAUCGUGUCAUGCCCAGGCCCUUCACCGAGCAGCACACGCGCACCCCCAAAAAAGAAGGAACACAAGAAUGCCAUGCCGCGCGCGACGCGAUGCGAUGCUAACACUAACCAGCUCGCCUUUGCCACACCACCUCCUUUGUAUGGCCGGGGCCGAGGAAACCAAAGCCAAGCCGCCGCCGCUUAUCUACUCGACCCCUUUCGCCAUCAAGCACGGGACACAUGCCGCACACGAGCACCAGCCUCCGCGCUCGCGCACGCGCAGCGUAGCCUCGCCCGCCAUGGACAUGGAGCUGCUGCUGGUGCUCCUGUUCCUGCUCUUCCUCGCCCUCCCGGUGCUCCCGGCGCCGGUGCGCCUCGAGCUGGCCCGAGUGGACGCCAACCUCACGGGCCACGACCUCAUCCGCCGCGCCGUGCAGCGCAGCCUCGACCGCCCGGGUGUCGUCGUGCCGCGCCCCGGCGGCGGCGGCGGCGCGGCGACCGCGGCGGACGGGGGGCGCAGGUCCUCCUCCUCCGCCGCCGCCUCCGCCCCGGUGGUGGCCGGAGGCGGGGAGUACCUGGUCAAGCUCGGCAUCGGCACGCCGCAGCACUUCUUCUCGGCGGCCAUCGACACGGCCACCGACCUCGUCUGGAUGCAGUGCCAGCCCUGCGUCAGCUGCUACCGCCAGCUCGACCCCGUCUUCAACCCCAGGCUCUCCUCCUCCUACGCCGUCGUGCCCUGCAGCAGCGACACGUGCAUCCAGUUCGACGAGCACAGGUGCCGCUCCGAGGACGACGACGCGUGCCAGUACACGUACAAGUACAGCGGGAACGGCGUGACCAGGGGCACCCUGGCCAUCGACAAGCUGGCCGUCGGCAGCGACGUGUUCCACGGCGUGGUCUUCGGCUGCAGCGACUCCAGCGCCGGGGGCCCUCCGGCGCAGGCGUCCGGGCUCGUCGGCCUCGGCCGCGGGUCGCUCUCGCUCGUGUCCCAGCUCUCCGUGCGCCGGUUCAUGUACUGCCUGCCGCCGCCUGUGUCGCGGACGCCCGGAAAGCUCGUGCUCGGCGCGGCCGCGGACGCCGUCCGGAACGUGUCGGACCGGGUCACCAUCACCAUGUCGUCCAGCACGCGCUACCCGUCCUACUACUACCUCAACCUCGACGGUCUCGCCGUGGGCGACCAGACUCCGCGCAUGGUCAAGGCCAUGGCGCCGCCGCCCACGGCUAGAAGAGGAGCCGCACCCGCCGGCAGCGGCGGCAGCGCGAACGCGUACGGGAUGAUCGUGGACAUCGCGUCGACGAUCUCGUUCCUGGAGGCGUCGCUGUACGAGGAGCUGGCGGACGACCUGGAGGAGGAGCUCCGGCUGCCCCGCGCCACGCCGCUGGACCUCUGCUUCAUCCUGCCGGAGGGGGUGGGGAUGGACCGGGUGUACGUGCCGACGGUGUCGCUGUCCUUCGACGGGCGAUGGCUGGAGCUGGAGAGGGACCGGCUGUUCGUGGAGGACGGCCGGACGAUGUGCCUGAUGGUCGGCAAGACCAGCGGGGUGUCCAUCCUGGGCAACUUCCAGCAGCAGAACAUGCACGUCCUCUACAACCUGCGCCGGGGAAAGAUCACCUUCGCCAAGGCCAGCUGCGAAUCCAUGCCGUAGAUAGGCUCCACGUGGACUGGGACUUGAUCUUGUACUCCGUGCGGAGAAUUUUAGCCAAAUUGCACAUUGGGUGGGAGAUUAGAUACAGAUGAUGGUCUGUCAUAGCCUUUGCCUGAAAUUUAUGAACUACGUAGACCAGUGUAAUUUCUUUCAAUUUUCAUCAACCAGAGGCGAAAAAAAAGGAGAAAACAAUCAUUGGGAAAAAAGAUCUAACAUUUCCGAAUUCUGGUCAAUUUACGAAAUCCAUUUUUUCUAACGCUGGACAGACCUAGAAAUUUUUUACAAGAACGUUAGCAUUUUAUAGCAUAAUAAUAGCGCAUCAUUUUUUUGGGUCCAUUCUUCCUUUUUUUUUGCCUUCUCUUGUUAUUGCUUCUUGGAAGUAGAUAGCUAGAAAAUUUAGUUUUCAUGGACGGGCAGGCUGUCACAGGAAUAACAAGUCACAAGGUAGCCACAUAACAAGCAGC